AUGAGGCUCUCAGCAGACGACGACCACGUGGCAGUGCUGCACACGUGUGCAGCCCCAACAGCCUCAAUCUUCCUCUGUCUGCUUUUGGUCCUCUUGUCUCUCGAUCCCCCUCCCAGGCUCGCAGCAGACGACGACCAUGUGGCAGUGCUGCACACACGCAGCCCCAGCAAUGCGGGGGGAGCAUGCUUCCUCCGCUUCGUUGCUGCGUGCUACCUCUCCCACAGCGCAGAGUUUCCCAGUGCGUGGCAAGCCCUUGCUUCUCUCCCCCAACCCCUCGGCCAACCAGAACUCGCCACGUGGCACCCCCUCCCCCCCGAAGAGCUGGGGGAGGGGAAGGGGGAGCAUGGGGGACAGGGGGAGCUUGGGGGGAAUGGGGCGCUGGGGCAGCAGAGGGAGGAGUGGGGGGAGGUGGUGGGGGGAGGGCAGAGGGGCAGCAUGGGUCAGCAGCGCUACUGCACCUACGUGGACGAGUUUGUGAAGGCAGGGCGAGGGGAUGAGGUGGGUGCUAUUCGGUUUAGUGCGGUGUUGUGCGGUGGCAGCACGGGGCAGCAGCAAUACUGCAGCUACGUGGAUGAGUUUGUGAAGGCAGGGCGAGGGGAUGAGGUGGGUGAGCCAUCACUCGCCUCUCUGCCCCCCGCCGCCCCAAUUCUUCGGAAGCUUAUCCUCAGCGCAUGCCCAUCCAUCGAUGGGGCUGGCGUCUUUCGUCCGUAUCUUAAGGUGUUUCGGAGGGGAGCAGAAGUGAGCAGCAGUGUCUUGCCUGGGGAGGUGCCGCCCUCCUUCCCCACGGGUUCAGCGUGGAUGGCGCCCUUGGAGGUCAACUCCCCUGUGUGGGGCGACUGGUUAUGCCUCUCCCCCUUCCCCAUGCCCCCAUUCCCCCCUUCCCCAUGCCCCCAUUCCCCCCUUCCCCAUGCCCCCAUUCCCCCCUUCCCCAUGCCCCCAUUCCCCCCUUCCCCACUCCCCACCACCAACCGCCAGGUGCCACCCUCCUUCCCCACGGGUCAGCGUGGAUGGUUCCCUUUGAGGUCCACGUCCCUGUGUGGGGCGACUGACUGUGCCUCCCCCCUUCCCCACUCCCCACCCUCCCCACCUGCGUACCGCCAGGUGCCGCCCUCCUUCCCCACGGGGGCAGCCUGGAUGGUGCCCUUCGAGGUCAACGCCCCCUUGUGGGGCGACUGUGCGUUCGCCGUGCAUCACUGGACAGGCACCAGCAGCAGGGACGAGAGCGAGCCUGUGUUUGUCUUCGCCUUCCACUCGGCGUUCCUACGCAUCGGCCUCACCCGAAUAACCCUUCACGAGCUUGACUGUGCAUACGGGGGGGACAUCCAAGUACCUGCGGAUUUCUUCAUCGACGUGCUUAUAGAUAUGCCGCAGCCACGCGGUGGCGCGCCAUUGGCCGACGACGCGCACCCUGACGGCGCGCCAGCUGGCACGAUGCUGACGUGGCAGCAGCUGCUGGCGGCGUACCGGGACGACUUUGUGGAAGCUUCUAGGAAGCAGCGGAUGGCUCAAGGAAGGGAAGAGACGAGGCUGGGGAGAGCAGAGGAAGAGAGGAGUGGGCGGGAGGGAGAGGAAGGGGUGAACGGGAGGGGCAGCAGCACUUUCACAUCGGAUCAGCAGGAGCAUUUAAAACCGGAGAUUACUCAGAGUGUUCUCACAGCAGAAGCAGGAGAUGGGAGGGGCAGGGUGGUGGACCGGAGGGGUGGACUGGGGGACGAGAGGAGGAGCCUGGCUCGCAGCCUGGUGACUGAGGUGCAGGCACACCCGCUCCUGCGCCACACAGGACAGCCAAGCCACCCAGACAUGCUGUCUGUGCCGCCCAUGCCGCCCGGCGUGGCAUCCAUGCCACCCGGAACGGCGUUCAGGUUGCCUGAACCUGAAGUGAUGUCCUCUCGGUGCGAGUUCCCUCCCACUCCCACAACGCCUCACAUGCCGCCCUCCCCGCACUCACCCCUUCCCCACUCACCCCUCCCCCAACUUGCAUCCCUUUCCGAAGAUUUCAGCCUGUCCCAUUCCUCCUCUGCUGCUCCUCUCUCCUCCGCAAGCCAGCCGUCACAGGAGCUCGACUCUCUUGCUGAUCUCCUCAUUCGCAUGUCUCUCUCCACCGGCUCACGCCAUAGCAUGGGCGGUGCGGGGCUGAAGGGGAUUGAACGGCAUGGCAUGGGGCCUGGGGGGUCAAGGGGGGGCGAACGGCAUAGCGUGGCGGGUGGGGGAUUGAAGGGGGUUGACCCGCACAGCAAGGGUGUGAGCUUUGAGCAAGAGGGGGAGAGGCACAGCAUUGGGGGUGGGAGUGUGAAGGGGAGAGCCGUGGGUGAGGAGAGCAUGGUGGGGGGUGCAGAAAGGAUGGGGCAGGAAGGGAGUAUGGGGGGGAAGGGGACAAUGGGGUUUGCAGGGGGGAUGAGGGGGGAGGGGAGCAUGGGGGGUGCGGAGGGGAUGGGGGAAGAGAGGCAGAGCAUGGGGAAUUGGGGAGUCGAUGUGAGCGCUAUAGGUGGGGAGGGGACGGAAGGUAUGGGAGGGGAUUGGGAGGGCAUGGGUAGUGGGGAUGCGAUGGGGGGAAAGUGGGAAGGCAAGGGCAUGGGAAGUGAGGAUGUGGGGGUAGUGAGGGAGGUGAGAGACGCAGGAGGAGAGUGGAGAGCAGGGGCGGGAGAUCCCAAGCACGUGCUGCCACCUGACCGCCUGGGCCUGCUGCUUCAGGUGAUUCCAACAGAGGAGGAGGCGGCGAAGUUUAGAGCAGUCUCAGGUUCAGCCCGCGGGUUCUCUCUGGAUUCCCUCGCUCGCCUGUCAGAAGUGCGAGUCACUCCCCCCUCCCACUGCGCCAAGGGCCUCGACACACUGUUCGCCGCCUCCCAGGUCGCUUCUGAGUUGACUCAACAGUCAAACUCCUCCCAGGUUCUGCCUCCCGGCUCUCGAUUCUCGCGCACACAGUCCUUCCCUGUCACUCGUGCCAAUGCCCCCUCAUCCACCUCCUCCUCCUCCUCCUCCUCGUCCUCCCCCUCCCCUUCCCCGUUUUCCUCCUCUUCCUCCUCCUCCUCCUCUUCCUCCUCCUCCGCUCGUCCCUCCUCCCCGUUCCCCACAUCCUCAACCCUCGCCGCCAGCACUCCCGCAGCUUCCCCAUUCCCGUCCCACCAGUCCCACCCCUCCCAUCCUCCGCCCCUGAUCGCCCGUGCAACAACUCUCCUCGACGUGGUGGUGAUUAUAACGAGGGGCGGCGACUCAACCAGACCAAAUGAGGGAGAGGAGGAAGCAGGGGAAGUAGGGAGCAGCCUUAUGGGCAGUUCAGUCAGAAACAAGGGAGGAGAGGAGGGAGCACGGGGAAGAGGGAAGCUUACAGUGGAGCUGGGAGCAGUUGGUGAGGCGGUUAGGAUGUCCCAAGCUGACGUGGCGGAUGCCACGUCAGCACUCGACACUGGCCUGCGAUUGGUGGAUGAGGAGGUGCGGCUUCUGCAGCAGGAGACAGAAGAGGCGAGGCUGCAGGAGGGGGAGGAGGCGGAGAAGCAACAAGUUGAGGAAAGGGAGGAGCGACAGGAGGAUGGACAGGGGGGGGGACUUGAUAGCGAGGGUGGGGCGGAGAGGCAGCGGAAGGGGAAGGGGGUAAGGCAGGGCGGGCUGCUGGCGGUGCUAGCAGAGUUCAGAUUGAAUGCAAGGAAGGAGAGGGAGGAACUGGCCAAUGAUGCUGAAGAGUGCAGCGCGGAUGAGGAGAAUUCGGGGGAGUUCACCGCAAUUUACCCUUCCGAUUUGCGCAUAGCCAACCCUAAGGAAGUAACCAGCACUGCAGACGAAGUAGAAAAACUUCGCAAGGACGAGAAGGAUCGCCAGAGGCGGCGCCGAACCUGCUGCUGCCGCGUCGCAUGCUGGUCGCUCAUCGUCCUCGCCGUCUUGAUCGUCGGAUUAGGCGUCGCAGGGCUCGUCGCAUACCUGACAGUCUCGAAGCAACAGCCGGAGGUGAAGGUCGAGCGAAUCAACAUCCUCCGCGUCGGCAUCACAAAAUCCGGCGGCGGGUUCCUGGGCCUCGAAAACUUCCGCCUUGGCCUAUCCGCGUUAAUAAACGUCACCGCGCUCGUGUAUAACCCCAACAACUGGGACGUGGAAGCGGAAAACAUCAGCAUCGACGUAAAAUUCUUCGACAUGAAUGUUACAAAUGUGACCAUUCCUGGCGUCGUGGGCAUGAGCAAGGGUGGGAGCGCGGAGUUGACUGUCCCCCUCGAUAUUGUCGACGCGCCCCUGGCGACGCUGAGUCCCGCGAGCCUGCUGACGACGCCGCUGCUGCAUGGGCGCGCGGAAAUGCGGGUGGUGGUUGGCACUGCAGCGCGCGUGAAAUACUGGGGCAUCUCGUCGCCACGCGUUAUGGUGCAUGUGGAAUGCACGAUGCAGCUGGACCCGUUUUCCGCUAAGAAGUACAACGAGCAGUGUACACCCAGCAUCUCGCUGUGA